AUGGCGGCGGCCGUGCUGAGGCGCCCUGCUGGGGUUGGUGUGACCCUUGAGGACGUGGCCAUCUACUUCUCCCUGGAUGAAUGGUGCCUCCUUGAUGAAGCUCAGAGACGCCUGUACCUGGAUGUGAUGCAAGAGAACUUUGCACUUAUAUCCUCACUGGACUUUGUUAAGAACUUCUCAGAAAAUCUCCAGCGAAAAGCUACUCAAAUUGGGGAUAGGCCAAAUAAAAUUUCUCUGUUUGGAGUGACCUUUCAAGAAAGAAAAAAUCAUUACACUUGGAGAGAAUGCAAGAAAGCCAAUGUUCUCAAGCACACUCUUAUACAGCACCAGGAUGUCCAUAAUGGAAGACAUUGUUUUGUGUGCUCCGAAUGUGGAAAAUAUUUUACCACGGUAUAUGGCCUCCGUUGUCAUGAAAGAGUUCACACAGGAGAAAAACCGUAUGAGUGCAGUGAAUGUGGAAAAUUUUUUACCACAAGCAGCAGCCUUGGAAAACAUCGGAGAAUUCAUCCUGGAGAAAGGCCUUAUGAGUGCAGUGAAUGUGGAAAGUCUUUUACAAGCAGUCCAGGCCUCCAUUGUCAUCAGAGAGUUCACACAGAAGAAAAGCCUUAUGAGUGCAAUGAAUGUGGAAAAUCUUUUACCAGUAGCAGUAAACUCUGUCAUCAUGAGAGAGUUCACACAGGAGAAAGGCCUUAUGUGUGCCGUGAGUGUGGGAAAUCCUUUUUCUUUAGAUGUCGCCUCCGUUAUCAUGAGAGAUUUCACACUGGAGAAAGGCCUUUUGUGUGCAAUGAAUGUGGGAAAUCUUUUACCAAUACCAGGAAACUUCGUUUUCAUGAGAGAGUUCACACUGGAGAAAGGCCUUAUGAGUGUCGUGAAUGUGGGAAAUCUUUUACCAGUAGCAGUGGCCUCUAUUAUCAUCAGAGAGUUCACACAGGAGAGAGGCCAUAUGAGUGCAGUGAAUGUGGGAAAUCUUUUCAAAGGAACUCUGACCUUCGUCGUCAUCAAAGAGUCCACACUGGAGAAAGGCCUUAUGAGUGCAAUGAUUGUGGGAAAUCUUUUACCAGUAGUACUGGCCUUCGUUAUCAUCAGAGAGUUCAUAAGGGAGAAAGGCCUUAUGAGUGUCGUGAAUGUGGGAAAUCUUUUACCAGUAGCAGUGGCCUCUAUUAUCAUCAGAGAGUUCACACAGGUGAAAGGCCUUAUGAGUGUAGUGAAUGUGGGAAAUCCUUUGUCCAUAUCGGUAACCUUCAUUAUCAUGAGAGAUUUCACACUGUGAAAAUGCCUUAUGAGUGCUGUUUUCUGAGUGCAAAAAUAUGGGAAAUCUUUUACCCUGUAGCUAUAUUUUUUUAUUACCAGAGAGGUCACACAAGAGAAAGGCCUUAUGAGUGCAUCGUAUGUGGGAAACCUUUUACCAGUAGCUGUGGCCUCUGCUAUCAGAUAGUUCACACUGGUGAAAGGUUUCAAGCAUGA